UUGUGGACAUAGCUUUACUGUUGCGUCUCUAGCGUGAUAUACGAAAUUUAUCCGUAUAAUGUAAGGAAUUAUAAAUUGCGUCUCUAUUCUACAUUAUAUUCUAUUCUAUGGUUAUAAAAAAAAGCGGGAACCCGGCAACAAAAUGUGCACAGUGCCAUUACAGAAGAGGAAGAGGAAGGUUAACCAGUGAAUUGUUAAUAGUGUGAUAAAAAAAUUUUCUAUAUUUUUUUUAUAGAAAAAAAAAAUACUUCAGAAGGAUAUUAUCAAAAGUCACAAUAUUUUGACUGUGAGACAUCUGCAUAAAAUUAUUUUAGCUCGCCAUCAGCGAAAUCAAAUAGCAAUUAAUAUGAAGAAAUACCGAAAUAUUGGAAAAAUAAUUUAUAUUGUACGUGUGAAAACGCAAGAAGAUGAAAUUAUUGAAAUAAUUAAAAACUAUCUGAGUGAUGGGGGCAAUAUUAAUAAAAUAGAUAAAAAUGGUAAAACAUUAUUAUUAAUUGCAACUGAAUUGGAAAAAUUUAAGAUAGUUAAAUUUUUAAUCGAAAACAAUGCUGAUAUUAAUUUAAAAGACAAAAAUGGUAAAUCAUUUUUGCAUAUUGCCGCUGAAAUGAAUAAUUUUGAAAUAAUAAAAUAUUAUAUAAAAAAUGUUGAUAUUGAAUCUAAAGACAAAUUUGGUAGAACAAUUUUACGUAUUGCCGUUGAAAAAAAUAAUUUUAAAAUGGUAAAAUUUCUAAUAGAAAACCAUGCUGAUGUUAAUUCUAAGGACAAAAAUAAUAUUUCCAUAUUAAACAUUGCAGUUGAUUGUGGUAAUAUUGAAAUGGUAAAAUUUUUGAUAGAAAAAAAUGCCGAUAUUAAUGCUAAUAAUAAUAGCAUAUCAGUAUUAAAAAUGGCAGUUGAAGAUGAUAAUUUUGAAAUUUUGGAAAUUUUAGUAAAGAACAAUGCUGAUGUUGAUUCAUUUGACGAAAAUGGUAGAACAGUUUUAUUCACUGCUGUUGAAUCAGAUAAUUUUAAAAUCCUUACAUUUUUGUUAGCAAAAGCAGAUAUUAAUAUUAGGGACAAAAAUGGCAAAUCGGUAUUACACAUUGCGAUAGAAUUUAAUAAUACAGAAAUGGUGAAAUUUUUAAUAGAAAAAAUUAUUGAUUUUAACCUUUUUGAAUAUGGUGAAUCAAUUUUGCAAAUUGCGAAAGAAAAUGAUAAUUUUGAAAUUUUAAAAUGUUUAAUUGAAAAAAGUCCAAAUGUUGAUAUUAGAGACAAAGAUGGCAAAUCAUUAUUGCAUAUUGCAGUUGAAUUUAAUAAUUUGAAAAUGGUUAAAUUAUUGAUAGAGAAAAAUGUAAAUAUUAACGCACAAGAUGAUUUUGGUAGAUCAGCAUUGUAUUUUGCAGCAAAAUCUAAAAAUCAAGAGAUGGUAAAAUAUUUGGUUGAGAAAAAUGCAGAUGUCAAUAUUAAAGACAAAAAUGAAGAAACAAUUUUGCACAUUGCUGUUAAAUUGCGUAAAAUUUUAAUUGUAAAAUUUUUAAUAGAAAAUGGUGCAAAUAUUAAUGCUCAAGACAAAUUUGGAAGACCAAUAUUAUACAUUGCUAUCGAAAUUAAUAAUUUUCGAAUGGUGAAAUAUUUUUUAUUGAACAAUGCAGAUUUAAAUUUUAAAGACAUAAAUGGCAAUUCAGCAUUGCAGUGUGCUUUUGAAUUUGGUAAUAGUGAGAUAAUAAAACUUUUAAUAGAAAAUAAUGCGAAUGUUAAUGCAAAGGAUAAAUAUAAUAGAUCGAUUUUGCAUAAAGCGGUGAAAUUUAAUAAUUUUGAAAUUGUACAAAUUUUAAUUGAUAAAAAAGCAGAUGUUAAUGCUCAAGAUGAUUGGGGUAGAUCGGUUUUGUAUUUUGCAAUUGUAUUUGGUAAUUUUGAGAUAGUGCAAUGUUUAGUAAAGCAUAAAGCAAAUAUUCUUGCUGAAGAUAAAUGUGGUGUUACAGCAUUCUCACUUGCCCUUGGUUUUAAUAAUACAGAGAUGAUAAAAAUUUUGACAAAAAAUAACAUUCGAAAGACAUCGAAUACUGGUAGAAAAUUAGCAUUAAAAAUAAAAAAAUGGCUGUUUAGUUAAAUAUAUUAUGACAAAAAAAAAGUAAUUUAAAAUGUCGCUGAAGUUACCAUUCGACGAAAAUUUUAAAAAAUUUUCAGACUUCGGAUUAUUCGAAUAUUUGCAGUUUUUUUUUUUUUCAAGAAAAUUUCAAUUUUUGUCUGAAAUUUAUAAUAAAUAUUUCUUCUAAUAAAUUUUUCAAAUAUUUAAUUUAUUUAAAAAAAAUAUAUAUUUAAAUCUUAUUUAAAGUCACCUGAGAAGCAGUAAAAGAAAAUUUUGUUUUAAUUAAAAUUCUGCUGAUUCGAAAAUCAGUCUAAAAAAAUUGGAUGAACAUAUAUGUUUUAUAUAUGUAAGUUGUGCUAUACUAAGACUAAAUUAUUUUCAAUUUAAAUCAGACAAAAAGUCUGAUUGACUAGAUUAUCUGACUCAAAAACAAGUAGAUCUUUUAUAACGAAAAUUUUGCAUCUCGCUUGUGAGAAGCCCUCUAUUGGGCCUUUUCUAAACAACACCUAAAUAUUUAGAGAUAAUUAAAAAUUUUUUUAAAUUAAAUAAUUGAAAAUAAAUUUAUUAAUUUGAUUAAAAAUAUUUUAAGAUAAUUUCAAGUAUUUUCAAAACACCAUAAAAUUUCCGUUUUUUUUCUACUAAUUUUCCUUUUUUCUGCGUCAAAAAUAUUCUAUUUUUUUGCGUAUUGACUAUUUAAAGUAGGAAACCCUAAUGUAAAGUAGGCAAUGCGCCUUUAAUUACAUUAUGUAAAAUAAAUAAAUAAAUAAAUAUUUAAAGUAGGAAAAUUAAAAUUAAAGGUA